AGGAUGAAAGUCUGUGCUCCCCUCACUGUUGUCUUGGCUCUGAGUCUGAGCAGUGACUGUGCAAGGAUGCACUACAGAUCUGGGGCAGGAAGAGGCUCAAGGCAUGGGUUCCCUCACGCACAAGUGUUUACCGAGGAUGGACAUUUAUGCAGAUUUCCUUUCCGGUUUGGCGGAAGGUUUUAUCACACGUGUUUAUCAAAUUUAUUUUCCAGAAAGAAAUGGUGUUCCACAACACAUAACUUUGACCGGGACAGGAAGUGGGGACACUGUGAUCUGCUGCCCAGAGACCACUCAGAUCCCUGUGCAGACAACCCCUGCCAAAAUGGAGGGACCUGUUCUCUCACUCACAGCCACAGGAUGUACCACUGUACCUGUCCUGAGGAAUUCACAGGCGAGGACUGUCAGCUGAAGAAAUGUUUUGACACCAGCCUCUACGAAUUCUUUGAUGUGGGUGUGAGCUGGUCAAGAGUCCAACAAGGAGCAGUGGAGCAGUGCACGUGUGUGCAUGGCCAGAUGGAGUGUGGCCGUGUGGAACACAAAAGUUGUGCUCAUAAUCCUUGCAUGAAUGGUGGAGAGUGCAAGAUGGUUGCCUCCACUGGGAAAAUAGUAUGUGAUUGCAAAGAAAAUUAUGCAGGAAAGUAUUGCAAUAUUGUCCCGAGCCAACGGUGCUACAUUGGCAAUGGCACAGAUUACAGAGGGACAGCCAAGACAACCAUCUCUGGACACAGCUGCUUGCCUUGGAAUUCUGACCUGCUUUACCAAGAGCUUCAUGUUGACAGCAUUAGGAAAGCAGUGGAGCUUGGUGUGGGACCCUUUCCUUACUGCAGAAAUCCAGAUGAUGAUGAUAAGCCCUGGUGUUACAUCAUGAAGGACAGCAGUUUGUCUUGGGAGUAUUGUGACAUUCCAAAUUGUGCAAGCAGGGAAAGGAGGCCAGUAGUUCCAGCCAAAGUAGAUAAUUCUGCAAGCACCAAAAGACCAUGUGGAAGAAGACAUAAAAAAAGAAGUUUUGUGAGACCUAGGAUUGUUGGGGGAUCUUCAUCUCUGCCUGGAUCUCACCCCUGGACUGCAGCUAUAUAUAUUGGAGAGAGUUUCUGUGGUGGCAGCCUGGUUCAGACAUGCUGGGUUGUGUCAGCAGCACACUGCUUUGCUCACAGUCCACUAAAAUCUACCAUUCGAGUAGUUCUGGGUCAACAAAUAUUUAAUAAAACAACUGAUGUAACACAGACAUUUGAGAUAGAGAAAUACAUCUUGCAUCCUCAGUAUUCCGUGUUCAAUCCUACUGAACAUGAUAUUGCUUUGAUUAAGCUGAAGAAGAACGGCCAACGUUGUGCUGUGAAGUCCCAGUUUGUUCAGCCCAUCUGCCUGCCAGAAAGUAACACUGUUUUCCCUGACCAGUUGAAAUGUCAGAUUUCUGGAUGGGGACACAAGCAUGAGAAUAUAUCUGGUUAUUCAGAUGUCCUGCAAGAAACACUGGUUCCACUUAUUUCAGAGGAGAAGUGCAGAAGUCCUGAAAUUUAUGGAACAGAACUCACAGAAAAUAUGUUCUGUGCUGGCUACUUUGAUAGCAAAUCUGAUGCUUGUCAGGGAGAUUCUGGUGGACCUCUGGCUUGUGAGGAAAAUGACAUCUCUUACCUCUAUGGAAUUAUCAGCUGGGGAGAUGGCUGUGGCAGAGUCAACAAACCUGGAGUAUACACAAGAGUGACAAACUAUGUCCAGUGGAUUAAUGAGAAAAUAGGCCCCCGAAAAACUAGUUGA